GUUUUGGCGGCUGAACGCGAAACACAAAUGUUUGAUUAAAUACUAGGAAUUAUUUUAAAAUUAACGCUAUGAGUGAUAAAGAUAUCACUAUUAUGGAGGUGGAUGAGGCAGAGCCCGUUGUCAAGCCGGUGAAAUCGAGUUCUGCGGCGGGCACGAGCAGCAAGGUGGGCCACCUGCCGUGGAUCGAGAAGUACCGGCCGCAGACGUUCGCCGACAUAGUGGGCAACGAAGACACUGUGUCGCGGCUGGCGGUGUUCGCGCGCACGGGCAACGCGCCCAACAUCAUAAUCGCGGGCCCGCCCGGCGUAGGCAAGACCACCACGAUCCUGUGCCUGGCGCGCGCGCUGCUAGGGCCCGCCAUGAAGGACGCCGUGCUCGAGCUCAACGCCUCCAAUGAUCGCGGCAUUGAUGUCGUGCGCAACAAGAUCAAGAUGUUCGCACAACAGAAGGUGACGCUGCCGCCGGCGCGACACAAGAUAGUGAUCCUAGACGAGGCGGACAGCAUGACGGAGGGCGCGCAGCAGGCGCUGCGCCGCACCAUGGAGCUGUACUCUGCUACGACUAGGUUCGCGCUCGCCGCCAACAAUAGCGAGAAGAUCAUUGAACCCAUCCAGUCCCGCUGCGCGCUGCUGCGCUACUCGCGCCUCACAGACGCACAGAUACUGGCCAAGGUGGUGGAAGUGUGCGAGAAGGAGGGCUUGUCGUACACGGAGGAGGGCGUGAGCGCGGUGGUGUUCACGGCGCAGGGCGACCUGCGCGCGGCACUCAACAACCUGCAAGCGGUAGCGGCCAGCGGCGGCCACGUGGCGCCCGACAACGUGUUCCGCGUCUGCGACGAGCCGCACCCGCUGCUCGUGCGGACCAUGCUCGACGCCUGCCUGCGCCAGGACAUACACGCCGCAUACAAGGUGAUGGCGAAACUAAUAAAGCUGGGGUACGCCGCGGAGGACAUAGUGGCUAAUAUGUUCCGAGUAAGCAAGACACUGGACGCUGAUGAGACGUCGCGGCUGGCGCUGGUCCGCCAGCUGGGCCGCAGCCACAUGCGGCUGGCGGACGGGCUGGCGGGGCCGCUGCAGCUGGCGGGGCUGCUGGCGCGCAUGUGCCGCGCCGCCCCCGGGGGGGGGGGCCGACUGGUGACGUCACGCCGCAGCCAUGCGCAGGUGGCGGGGCCGCUGCCAUCAGAGUGACGUGAUGUGUGCUAGUGCUUCUGACUUAUGUGAAGUUUUGAUUGAUGUGCCUAUAUUUUGGGAGAAUAAUGUGUUAUAUGUGAUGUUGCAGUUAGAUUUAAUGUAACAAGUGUUCAGCUAUAUAAUGUUAGGGUUGUAAAUAAAACGAAAAAUCUUUUUUAAAUAUAAA